GCUUUUAGAAUGAGUAAAACAUCUUCAACCAACAACUCAGUGAUCCAACCUCGCAGUUCAAAGAGUGAACAGUCUUUAUCUGUGCACCCAUCCAAUGUCAUUGAACCUAGUAUGGCCAAACGGGUCUGCUUUUAUAAGAGUGGAGAUCCUCAGUUUAAUGGAAUUAAAAUGGUUGUCAAUAGCCGUUCUUUCAGAUCAUUUGAUGCUCUGCUUGACAACUUGUCAAAAAAAGUUCCACUGCCUUUUGGAGUAAGGAACAUUACUACACCCAGGGGAGUGCACAAUAUCAAUAAUCUGGAAGACCUUGAAGAUGGAAAGUCAUACAUUUGCUCCCAACAAAAAAAAAUCAAACCCAUAAAUUUGGAGGUGGCCAGAAGAAAGCCAUUGCCAUGGCAGAUUAGUAGGCCCAUCAGUGCUCGUCGUAAGGCUGUACAGUUAACCAGAGAAAGCAAAGGGAGUAUGUUCCAACAGGGUAGCACAAUACGACUGAGCACCCCUAAGAAGUUGCUGGUUUUCAAAAAUGGCAAUGCAAAAAUCCGGUGUACAGUUGUCUUGGAUAAGAAGAACACACAAAGUUUUGAGGUCUUUCUGGACCACAUCAGUGAAUUAAUGCAGUAUUCAGUGUUGAAAUUAUAUACUACUGAUGGGAGAAAGGUCUCCAACCUCCAGGGUCUGAUAUUAUGUUCUGGAGCUGUUGUGGCUGCAGGGAGAGAACCCUUUAAGGCAGGGAAUUAUGAUCCUCGUAGGUAUUCAUUGCCUGCAAGACUUCCGGGGAUCUCCAGUCGUGUCCACCCCCAAGCAAAUCUCAAGUCAGAGAGCAGAAAAACUAUGAAAUGGAAGGUAGUAAUUUUUACCAGUGACCAGCCAUCUUCAGGGACCAGCUCGCAAGUUUAUAUCACUUUAUAUGGGGAGCAAGGCAAUUCAGGAGCUGUCUUUCUAUAUGGGGAAGAGAAAAAAGUGUUUGAAAGAGGAAGCACAGAUACAUUUAUGAUUCACACGGAAGAUUUGGGAGAUCUAUACAAAAUACGGAUAGGCCAUAAUAAUUCUGGAGAAACCCCUGCCUGGCACUGCAAAGAGUUGCAAUUGCAGAAUCUUGUUACAGGGGAAAAAUAUGAUUUCUCUGUUGAAAAGUGGCUGACACAAGCUCAAAAUGAAGGUGAAAUCAGUCAGGAACUUCCUGUUUUGCAUCAGGGACACCCCAUUCUUCCAGUGGCAAUGUACAAGGUGCAUGUAAUAACUGGUGAUCUCUGGAAUGCUGGGACAGAAGCUGAUGUUUACAUAGCAAUCAAUGGAGAAAAAGGUGACACAGGAUGCCGACAGCUGCAUAGAUCAAUGAAGUCUCAAAAACACAUGAAAGGACAAACUGAUACAUUCUCGCUUGAAGCUGUGCACCUUGGACAUUUAUAUAAAAUUGUUAUAGGACACAAUGGACUUGGCUCAGGAAAUGGUUGGUUUUUGGAGAAAAUUGUCGUCCAGGAUCCUAUCACAAAUUCAGAUUAUAUCUUCCUAUGUUACAGAUGGCUAGAUCAAGGAGAAGAUGAUGGCAAAAUUGUCAGAGAACUUAAUGUCAUUGAUAAUUACACCAUUGCAAGGAAACAAGAACUAGAAAUCAGGAGAAAGGACAUGUGGGCAGCUGAGAAAUGGAAAUUUCAGAAAGGCAAUAUACUUCAGUUUUACAACAAGAUGACCCAUGGUUUUAUACGUCUUAGACAAGAUGGAGUGGUGGAUGCCAUUGGUGACAAAAAAGACAAGAAUGGUCUUUUCGAAGUGACAGCAAAGAAAGGAAGACUCUGUGUUCUUAGAAGUCAUCCAAACCCACAGCUGGCACUCACGCUUGCUCAUGGUUCAGUCACAGGGAUGAACUAUGCGGAUAACCACUGUGAACUGCAAGUUCAUGUUCAGCCCAAUCAUUGCGCUAUUCUGGAAUCGUCCCAGAAUCCAGGCCAAGUGAUUUCUUUCAAUUUCCAAGGCAUGGUAGCUGAUGAUAACACAGGCUAUGCAGGGCUCACCAAGGAGUUUGUGGUCCAUGUAAAGGGUAUAUUCCACAACAGUGCCAUAAUUUUGCUCGCUACAAGCUACUGCCAGUUUCUCUGCCUGAGAUCUGAUGGGAGUUGCAGCGGAGCUGGAAAUCAGGCUGAUGACUCUUACUGGAAAGUUCAUAAAAUCAGCUCUGGGAUUUGUAUGUUUGAAAAUGCAAAGCACCCAAGAAUGUAUCUGAGGAUCAAGGAUGGUCAGUGUAAUGGAACGGGCAUAGGAGAUGUGGACUGUCAUUUUAAAGUGCAAAAAAAUUUAGAAACUGGAUCUGUAAGUCUUGAAUCGUUACGGAACAGAGGAAUAUAUGUUGGCCUUCUGCCUAAUGGUCAGACCAAGCCAUUUGUUGAUACUGGAGAAAGCAACGUUUUGUUUUACCCACAAGUUGUCAAAUUUGGCAGAAAAAAGCCAAUGGGAACAUCUGCAAAUCUUGCCCAGCAGGAAGAUGUUUUCAGAGAAUCUAAGCAGCAUGCUACAGGCGAAAUGAUGACUAUUCAAAAUGAAGAGUCCCCUUUUCCUUCAGAGGAUAAAUGGAAAGUAUUCAUACUGACAGGAAAUUCAGGAACUAAAGCAAAUGUCACUCUCUGGAUAUAUGGAGACAAAGGUUCUGUUGGACCUAUUAUUCUUGGCAAGGACAACAGAGAACAACUGUUUUUACCAAGAACUGAAGAUGCAUUUCAGGUUGAAAUGAAAGAUAUUGGUCAUGUUUACAAAAUCAGAAUAGGCCACGAUGGAUCAAGUCAAUAUGCAGACUGGAUGUUGGAAAAGGUAACAUUACAACAUCUGAAGACUGGUAGAUUUUUGAAGUUUCCCACAAACAAAUGGGCAUCCUGGAAUGAAGGGAAUGGAAAUACUGUCUGUGAACUUUCUGUUGCAGAAAAUGGAAGAAGCCUUUAUCCAAUUGUGAAUUAUCAGGUUUAUGUAUCUACUGGUCAUCUGGAACAUGCUGAAACCACUUCUUCCAUUUAUCUGUGCAUAUAUGGAGAAAGAGGAGAUUGUGGUUUGAGACUUCUUGCUAAAUCAGACCAACCUAUAAAAUUUCAGAGAGGAAUUAUUGACAUGUUUGAAAUACAAGCUGUGUCACUUGGAAAUCUACAGAAAGUGCUGCUAUGUUGCAAGAGUGAUAACCAGUUGCAGGACUGGUACUGUGAGAAAAUAAUCAUCAGAGAAUCUGAGAAAAACUCAGAAAAUAUUUUCAUCUGUGAAAGAUGGCUGCCAUAUAUGUCUCAAGGAAUAAUCCAUUCAGAAAUAGAACUUUUUGUCCAUGAAAUGCAAAUAAAUCAUCAGUUGAAAAUGCAAGAGGAAGAAAAUGGAGAAGAUUGGAAAAUCACUAUAGUCACUGGAGGUUUUGAAACAGCUGGCACAACAGCAACUGUGUCCCUUUAUGUUUACGGAGAUAACAAGGCUUCAGGUCCUCUUAUACUGGGAUCUGGAAAACACCAGCUGUUUAAUCCCAACAGUACAGAUACAUUCCAGAUUAACCUAAAAAAUAUUGGAGAACCAUAUAAAAUCCGAAUUGGCCAUGACAACAGUGGAACAAAUCCCAGUUGGUACCUGAAUGAAAUUAGAUUUCAAAAGAUGAAUUUUCCAUCUGAGCAAGAAAUGUGCUUUCCUGUCAACUGCUGGUUAUCUGAAGAUCAAGGAGAUGGAGACACAUGGAGAGAAAUACCAAUUAGGAGACCUAAAAAAAACCUUCUACCAUUGGUAGUCUACGAGAUCAACGUAUACACCGGGACACAGUCAGGUGCCGAAACUAAUUCGAAUGUGUACAUCAAUAUCUUUGGAAAUCAAGGAGAUUCUGGAAAACGGAAACUUCAAAAAUCAAGCACUAAUAAAAUCACAUUUCAAUGUGAUCAGAUUGAUGUCUUCUCUGUGACGGCUGUAUCACUUGGAGUUCUGCAUAAAAUUGUCAUUGGCCACGAUGGAAUUGGUCCAGGUAGUGGAUGGUUCCUCCAAAAGAUUGUUAUCAGAUUUCAGGAGGAAGCAGAAAGUAAAGAAGAAAUUGAAUCGAGAGAUGUUGGAGAUGUAUACAAGGUUCGGAUCAGCUGUGAUGAUUUGGUAGACUUUGAGGGCUGGCAUUUGAAGUCUUUGCAAAUGGAAGAGCUACAUGCUAGUCAAGAGGUGAACUUUGAAUGCAACUGCUGGUUCUCCCUUAGCCAUAAAUGCAAAGAUAUGGUGAAGGAAUUUCCUGUAGUGAAUGAAAACCAGAAAACUUUAUCAGUACACAAAUAUGUAGUCUCUGUACACACUGGAGAUCUCUGGGGAUCAGAAACAUUUUCAAAUAUUUAUAUAACAGUUUAUGGUGCACAAGGAGAUACAGGUGUACGGAAGCUUCAAGAUUCCUUUAUUGAAGGAGAAAAAUUUCAAAGGAACAAGGUGGAUUCCUUUUUAAUAGAGGCAGUCUCUUUGAGCCAUUUAAAAAAGAUAGUUGUAGGACAUGAUGGAGAAGGCUAUGGUGCUGGAAUAUACUUAAAAAUGGUAACCAUUAAAAAAUCAGAAAAUUCUGAAAAAGAAUGGGUGUUUCCAUGUUGGAACUGGCUAGAUACUCAUAUGGGAAUCUGUGACACUGUUUGUGAGAUUAAAACCAUAGGUAAAAGAAGGAUCUCUUCUUCAAGAUAUUCUCCAAUUAAUCAGCAGAUUUCAGAUUUAUGGAUAAUGGAUAUUACCGGAUCUGAGAUAAAUGCUGAAACUGAUCCAAUGCAUUUUACUUUUAACUUUUAUGGAGAUAAAGGUCACAAGAAGUUGGCAUUGCAACUUUUAGGAAAGACAACGCAAAUCAAAGAUGAAUUGACAAAUGUUGGGUCGCUUUGGAAGAUUCAGAUAUCCAGUGACCAUGCUCAACUAAAGGAGUCCUGGCAUAUGAACAUGUUGCAUAUGAAGCAUACAGAUACAAAACAAGAGAUAUGGUUAAAUUUUGAUUAUUGGUUUAAUCCCAGUGAAGACACCUGUGUUGAACUGCCAGCAUUUUUUGCAGACCAGGAUCCUUUGCCUGUUGUUGAGUAUUCUAUCCAUGUACAUACUGGAGACAGGAAGAAAGCUGAUGCCAGUGGCAAUGCUUAUUUUUGUAUUUGUGGAGAUAGAGGUGACUCAGGAAAACGGUGGCUUAAUAAUUCUAAAACAAGACCAAUCACUUUUGGUAGAGGACAGGUGGAUGUUUACCAAAUCAAGGGAGUGCACCUUGGGAAGUUGAAUCAAGUCAUUGUGGGGUUCAAAGGUUUGAACAAAGAUGAUUGGUUUCUAGAGAAGAUAGUAAUAGAAGAAAGAAACUAUCCUUUUACUACAUAUACUUUUGUUCAUAAUAACUGGUUGCAUCAACAGUCAAAAAAGGAUUUUACAGAAGCUUUAAUCCCACUACAAGAAAUGACAGAAAAAUCUGGCCCCAUGAAAGGUUUUGAAGCAAAAAGCCAAGGACAAUGGAGACUGUGGCUAGACUAUGUCCAUGUUUCAGAAAAAAUACCUGAAAUAAAAAUACUUGCCUAUGGUACCAAUGGAGUAUCACUUGCACAGAGAGUUCAACAUUUUAAAAACGAACCCUUUCUGUUGAAUAUUGGUGAUAUUGGUCAAAUAAUAAAGCUUUCCUUUCUGUCGUCCUGCUCAAAUUUGGAUAAAGGGAUCAAACUACAUAAGGUGCGGAUGAAAGACUUGGAUACUAAAGAAGAAUUAGGAUUUUAUCCUUUAAACCGAUGGCUCUUUGAAGAAGAUGGGUCAGAAACUGUGACGGAAUUAGCAGUAGUCAGACCAAAUGAAGCUCCUCUCAAAGAAAUUACUUACUCAAUCAGUGUUUAUACAGGAACAUUACCUGCAUCUGAAACAGAUGCAAAUAUCUUUAUUACGCUAUUUGGAAUGAAUGGAGACUCUUACAAAAGACAACUGAAGCAUUCAAAGUCAUGUCCACAGUUUGAAAAGGGUCAGAUAAGUACCUUUGCUAUCCAAGCAGUUGAUCUUGGAAUGUUAAGUUCAGUGUUGGUGGAACACAAUAACUCUGGUUAUGGAGCUGGAUGGUACCUUGACCAAAUUUUGAUACAAGAAUUGGGGAAGAGCGAUAGUCAGUAUGUAUUCUCAUGCCAGCAAUGGUUGGACAGUAGUGUUGGUGACGGAAAGAUGAAACAAGAACUGCAGCUUCUUGGGAAAACCAAUAAAGAAAGUCUGACAAAAGAUGUUCAUGGGACUUGGGAUGUCACUGUUAUAACUAGGGAAAUGUCAGACAAUUACGGCAACUCUAAAUUAAUUCUGACAGUAUGUGAUGACAAAGGUACAUCAGCUGCAGUCUUCAUUCCCAAAGGAUCGUUUAAAAGGGCUAAAACUUACCAGACAUCUUUGGCGCUAGAUAAGAAGUUUAAUAAGAUUUGCAAAAUUCGCUUGGAAAUAGAAGACUCAGACAGAGAAACAUGGCAUUGUCAUGAGGUGAAGCUUCAAAAUAAAAAGAAUAAGGAAACUUUAGAAAUACCUUGUUGGCGAGAUUUUCCAGAUAAUAAAGGAUGCACAGUGGCCGAAUUUCCCAUUCUGAUAACUGGCACCCGGUUUUUAACAGUUAAACAAUAUAUUCUAUAUAUCUCAACGGAUUCAGCCCCAAAGUCAGGUACAAACUCUGAUGUGUAUGUCACUUUAAAAGGGACUAUGGGAGACACAGGCCGGAGAAAAUUAUUCCGGAAUGGGCUGGAAUGCUUUUCUGAAGGAAAGAUGGAUGUUUUUCCCAUAGAAGCAGUAGAUAUUGGAACACUGUAUCAGCUUAUUGUGGAAAAAGGAAAAGGCUCUGCUUGGCACCUCCAGAAGGUUAUGGUGAAAGAACCACAAUGUGAAGGAAAAGAGACACUCUUUAUGACACAGACUUGGCUGAAAGACACACUUGACAAGAAAAAAUAUGCCUCAUUAACUCUGAAUGCUACAGAAGUACUGGAUAGGAGAACUGCCUCAUUGUUAUCAAGCCAAAGCAUGAAAUCAGAAGGUCUAUGGAAGAUAUCUUGCACUACAUGCCGUGAAGAUUCAUCAAAAGCAUUUGAGGAGUCUUGGGAAAAUAUUACUAAAUUGAUUUGGGUGUUCUAUGGAAAUAGUGGCAAAUCUGAACCAAUUUCCUUGAUGAGCAAAACAGGAAUUCAAGCUGAUGACAAAUUAACAUUUGAUGUAUAUUUCCCAUCUGAUCUAGGAACACUUUAUAAAGUGAAGAUUGGAGUUCAACACUUUGGAGAAAGAAUCUGGCAAUUGUUUCAUCAUUGCAAAAUCCAGAACACUAUAACCCUGGAUACUUUUAGUCUCUCAUUAAAUGAAACAUUUCCUCUUCUUAAUGGAGACCAGUGGCUUGAGUUCCCUAUUGAAUGGCCAUUGAGGAAAGUUCUUUCUGUGAUUACAUAUGAUAUAAAAAUAUUCUGCAGUGAUACUGUAAGCAAAAUAAGCGUGGUGCCUAUCUUUCUGUAUAUAUAUGGAACCAAUGGAGAUACUGAAGAACGAAGACUUUUAUUGUCACCAUCAUCUACAAUCAAGAAAGAAGAAGUUGGUGAGCUGUUUACAGGUCACAUAGAUGCUGUGGAUUUGGGAAAAUUGCACAAAAUUGUCCUUCUCAUUGGAAGCACAUUGUCCUGCAAAUUGGCAAUUAAAGCCUUGCACUUAAAGGAAAAUUUAAAACAAGAGCCUGUGUACAUAUUUGAAGUGAACGAAACAUUCCAUCUGGACAUUGAUAAACCUGAAAUAAGGAAAGAAAUCCCUCUCUCUUUGGUUACUAAGGAAGAUAAUGGAUCAGAAUAUAUUAUUAAAGUGUAUACUGGUGAUAAAAGAGGGUCAGGAACUGAUGCCAAUGUUCAUAUCAUUUUGUUUGGAGACAUGGAUACCUCUCCUUUAAUUCAGCUCAAAAACUCUCUCGAUCAUCGAGAUCCCUUUGAAAGAGGAAAGUCUGAUACAUUCAAAAUUAAGACAAAGAAUAUUGGAAGGCUGCAGAAGAUUGAAAUCGGACAUGAUGGGAAAGGGUUUGGUAAUGGCUGGUUUCUUGAAAAGGUAGAAAUUACAGAUAUGUCUACAAAUGAACUCGACAGUUUUAGCUGUAACAGAUGGCUGGCUGCAGAUGAAAAUGAUGGGCACACAGUAGUACAGCUUUACAUAUAG